GUAUACAUUACUUUUUUGAUUUUUCUUCAAAAUCAAUCCAAACGAGGUUUUAGUACAUCGAUCCUCGCUAGCAUAGCAAAGCAGUCUUGCGACCACAAUCAAGGUCGCAUCUAACACAAACCCCCCAUCAUCAUAGCUCUGCACCAAAGGUGUGAAUGGCUGGAGGUGGCGCAGCUGCGAAGGCGAGCUCCGGCGUCCGCGGUGGCGUUCGCAUCGUCGUCGCCGGCGAACGCGGCACCGGAAAAUCGAGCUUGAUUGUCACCGUCGCCGCCGAAACUUUUCCCACCAAUGCCCCCCCUGUGUUGCCGCCGACGAGGCUGCCCGAUGAUAUGUAUCCCGAUCGAGUUCCUGUCACAAUCAUCGAUACGUCUUCCAGUUUGGAGAAUAGAGGUAAACUGGCUGAAGAACUGAAGCGAGCUGAUGCAGUGGUGCUUACUUAUGCGUGUGAUCAACCUGCCACGCUCGACCGAUUGAGUACUUUCUGGCUUCCCGAACUUCGUCGAUUAGAGGUAAAGGUGCCCGUGAUAGUAGUGGGUUGCAAACUGGAUUUGAGGGAUGACCAUAAUCCGGUGAGCUUGGAGCAGGUGAUGUCUCCAAUAAUGCAGCAGUUUCGGGAGAUCGAAACUUGUAUUGAAUGUUCAGCAUUCAAACUUAUUCAGAUUCCUGAAGUUUUCUACUAUGCACAAAAAGCAGUACUUCAUCCAACAGCUCCACUAUUUGAUCAGGAAGCACAAACUCUAAAGCCUCGGUGUGUAAGGGCUUUAAAACGGAUAUUCAUUCUCUGUGACCAUGACAGGGAUGGUGCACUCAGUGAUGCAGAGUUGAAUGAUUUUCAGGUCAAAUGUUUUAAUGCUCCUCUACAACCUUCUGAAAUAGUGGGUGUUAAGAGGGUAGUGCAAGAAAAACUACCUGAAGGUGUCAAUGACCGUGGUCUGACUUUGACGGGAUUCCUCUUUCUUCAUGCACUCUUCAUCGAAAAGGGACGUCUCGAAACAACAUGGACUGUCCUAAGGAAAUUCGGGUACAAUAAUGAUAUCAGACUUGGUGAAGAUCUGCUUCCGGCUCCAAUUAAACGAGCACCUGAUCAGAGUGUGGAGCUAACAAGUGAAGCUGUGGAAUUUCUCAAGGGAAUCUUUCUCUUGUUUGACAAUGAUGGUGAUGGGGCCCUUAAACCAGCUGAACUUGAAGAUCUUUUUUCUACUGCACCAGAAAGUCCUUGGGAUGAAGGUCCAUGUAAGGAUGCCGCAGAGAAAACUGCCUUGGGGGGGCUAUCACUUGAUGGGUUUUUGUCAGAGUGGGCCCUUAUGACACUUCUAGAUCCAAUUCGUAGUGUCGAGAAUCUUAUUUAUAUUGGAUAUGCUGGUGAUCCUUCUUCUGCCAUUCGUGUCACUCGAAGAAGACGUCUAGAUCGCAAAAAGCAACAAUCAGAAAAAACCGUUUUCCAGUGUUUUGUGUUUGGUCCAAAAAAGGCGGGAAAGUCUGGGCUAUUGAAUUCUUUUAUUGGAAGGCCUUUCUCUGAUAUUUACACUUCAACCACUGAUGAGCGCUAUGCAGUCAAUGUUGUUGACCAACCUGGGGGAACUAAAAAAACUCUUAUAUUGCGAGAGAUACCUGAAGAUGCAGUCCGAAAGUUGCUUUCAACGAGGGAUUAUUUGGCAGCCUGUGACAUAGCAGUAUUUGUUCAUGACAGUUCUGAUGAGUAUUCAUGGAAGAGAGCAACCGAAUUGCUUGUGGAAGUUGCUAGUCAUGGAGAAAUGAACAGCCAUGAGGUGCCUUGCCUCAUUGUUGCAGCUAAAGAUGAUCUGGAUCCAUUUCCCACAGAGAUACAUGAUUCUACAAGGGUAAGUCAGGAUAUGGGAAUAGAAGCUCCUAUACCUCUCAGCACAAAGUUGGGGGAUUUUAAUAAUGUGUUUCGUAGGAUUGUGAGUGCUGCAGAGCACCCUCAUUUGAGCAUUCCUGAAACUGAAGCUGGAAAAAGUCGCAAGCAAUAUAACCGGCUUAUUAAUCGCUCUCUGAUGUUUGUAUCAGUUGGAGCUGCGGUAGCCAUUGUUGGAUUGGCUGCCUACCGUGUUUAUGCUGCAAGGAAGAAUGCCUCCAGUUAAACGACCGUGUUUUGCGAAGCUCUAGUUGCACUUCAGCCUGGCAAGUUCAAUUAGACUCCACGUUGGCCUUCAUUUUCAGAUCCCGACUUUUAUGUGUUUCUCAAGAUGGCUUCUCUUGUAGAGAAUUCCCAAUUUUCAUUUAAAAAGUAGUACACUUUGUGUAAGGAGUUUUGCUCACAAAAUUACUACUGAGUAGGCUGUUUUUGUUAGAAUUAGUUCCCAAUGUGGGAGGAGUAUCUUGACUUUGUGCAGUCAAUAUUUUUAUUUAAUUUUUUAUAAAUAUAUAAUGUUUUAGCUUGGUGAGUUCAUUUUG